GAAUGGCUCUGACUUUAGGACAAGCCUGGAGGUUGGGCUGGAUUCUGCUGAAAGCUGUCCUCCGGUUCAUCUUCAUGAUCAUGAAUAACCUUGCUGCCAUCCCUUCAUAUGUUUUAUAUUUGAUAGUACUGCAGCCUGUUCGGCUGAUGGACAGUCGCACUUUUUGGCACAUUGAAGGAGUGAUGUUUAAAUGGCUAUUGGCAAUGGUGUCUUCGUGGGGCUGGGCUGCAGGAUAUACCGUAAUGGAAUGGGGAGAUGAUGUCCGGCCUAUUUCAGAAGAAGCAGCCGUGGUAAUUGCGAACCAUCAGUCGACAGGUGAUGUCUGCACACUAAUGAUGUGCCUACAAGACAAGGGGACGGUUGUCCGCAAGAUGAUGUGGUUAAUGGAUCACGUAUUCAAAUACACAAAUUUUGGCCUUGUAUCUUUAAUUCACGGGGAUUUCUUUAUCAGACAGGGAAAAGCACACCGUGACAAACAGCUAUUCUUGUUAAAAGAUCAUUUAGACAAGUAUUACCAUAGCCGGGACCGAAAGUGGAUAGUUCUCUUCCCCGAAGGGGGCUUUCUGAGAAAACGGAGGGAAACUAGCCAGUCUUUCUCAAAGAAGUAUAACCUGCCAUUCCUGAAGCACGUUACCCUGCCCAGGAUGGGCGCCACGGAGGUCAUCCUGAAAUCACUUGGCCCCCAGCAGGAGAAUGGAAGCCUGGCAGCAGGAGACGCUACAAGUUCAGCAAGCAAAUCCAGAGGUUUGCAGUGGGUCAUUGACAUCACCAUUGCUUACACAAAAGCAAGACCAAUGGACAUUCAGACCUGGAUCCUUGCCUACAGACCACCUACAGUCACACAUGUACAUUACAGGAUCUACCCCAUUAAAGACGUUCCCAUAGAGACGGAGCCCCUCACAAACUGGCUUUACCAGCGGUUUGUAGAGAAGGAAGAACUUCUUGCCCAUUUUUAUGAAACAGGUGCUUUUCCACCUCCCAAAGGCCAAAAAGAAGCAGUUUCCAAGGAGAUGACCCUCGACCCUGUGUGGCUUUUUCUUAUACAGUCACUUGCCUUGGCAUCUGGCUACAUGUGGUACAACAUCUUCCAGUAUUUUUAUUAUGUAUUUUUUUAAAACAGAAAAAAAAAAAAUUUGGACCUCAACUGUUGAACUAACGCACAAGCAUCAUGUUGUUCAAGUGUGAAUGUAAAUUCACAUUGGUGGAAGACACCGAAGGAUUAAUGGACUAUUUUCACCUUCUUUUGAAAUUUAAUAAAACAAAAAACAAUCAACAAAAACCACACAAAAAUCAACAGCUCAGAACUAAAACCGUGAACAGGAUUCAGAGAUAAUAUAGAUGUAGUGACCUUGUAGAUGUACAAAGGUGAUCCCUUAGUAAAAUCCUGCCCCCAUAGCUGUCUCUUAUGGUGAGGGUGAGGGCCUGUUUGGCAAAAUGUUGUUCUUUUUCCUGAAGAAGACCUUUCCUUCAAAUGGUUUUACUAGAAGUACACUCUCUGUUGUCCUUGGAGACCUACCAUGAACACUCAGGGAGAAACUCUCUGUAUUCUAAACCUUAAUCAGUUGGGAGAAAGCCACUACAGCCAUAGUUUGUUUGUUUCCAAUAGAUUUCUGCUGUUUAGGUCCCUUCUUGCACUACAGAUGAAUCAGCCACCAUCCCAGGAAGAACCCUGGAGGCAGCACAUGAGCUGCCUCUCGUCUGAGAAAUUCAUUAGCGGUACCCUCAAUGCCAACUUGAGAAUUAAUUUUGGAUGCUACUGUACCUUUUUUACACUAAGCACCCAACUUGAGAUGAACUCCAUCUGCUGAACAUUUUGACUUAAGUACAAAAUUUUGGGGGAAUCAUUUUAGAAGUUAUGCCAAUCCAAAUCAAAGGAGUGAAUCUGAAGCAAUGUUGCCUAAACACUGGCAAGCAAACCACAAUAUUCACUUGCAUCCUGUUUUAUCAUAAACUCAGGUUUGUUGCGUUGAGGGGUAAAAGUUUGUUGGCAACAUAAUGGAGUUGACAGUCGCAAGUGGAAACGAGGUGUCUCUGAAGAAAAGGCCGCAGCACAUGAGCACCCAGCAUUCCGAGUUCAAAUGCCACAGGGUCAUGACAUCUGUCCUUAUCACCUAGAGUUCCUGUCUGUGUCGCAUAGUUCUGAUACUUAAGCCAUAUGUUAAGUGUGGGGAAGACAUUUACUAAAUGUUUUUAAUUAAUGAACUACCAAAAUAAUUCGUUGAACCCUUAGUUGUGCAGCGCUCUCAAAUCAACAGCUGCAGGACCUAUACAUAGGUGUUACUACCUGGACAACAUAACCCAACUAUGUGUGUGUUUCUCCUAUUUCGCUUCUUUGUGUUUUAUUUUUUGUGGAAGUGUUAAUUAUGUUCACAGUUGAGUUGUUAAUUUAAACAUGCAGAGAUGGUAACAAAAUGCAUUGGUUUUGGAUAUUUGUGAAAUUGUGUUGGUUUUAUUUAAAAUGUUGCCAUUUAAUCAUCAUGUGAUUUUUACAAUCCUACAUAAGCAAUCAUACUGUGAUUACAAACUGCCCCCCCCCCUUAUUAUUUUUUAACUUAAACUAUUAGUGUUUAACUACUUAAUCCAAGCAGAACCGAGGAAUUGGUUCCAUUGUUUUGAGGGGGACUUGGUUUAAACGAACCUGAGUUGUGCUAGGGUUAACCGUGUAUAACAUACAAGAGGAUUAAAAAUGUGCAUACCAAGAUAACCAAUAAUUUUUAACCUCUACAUUUUAUAGUAUACCCUAAAGCGUUCUAGCUUGGUAGCUAAGGAAACAAGCUUGGGAAAUGUAAACACAGUAGUACCAGCAAACCUAUAUAGGAGACUAAUAAUUCCCUGGUACUGUAGGGUAGUUCAGUAGAUACAAAGUUUUUAAUUACCUGGUUUACAUAAGAACACGGAAAAAAUAAUAUGGAUAAUUAAUAUACGUGCACUAACCAAGUGGUAAACUGGUGUUGCCUGAAGUAUCCUGUUUACAUAUAUGCCAAAGUCCUUUUAGAGGAGGUUGGCUUUCGACUGACCCUUAGACAGAUCAUAUUGUAGGUAAUGGUGAACAACAACAGAAAAUGAAUAAACUGGAUCACCAAUGUUUAUUUGCACUGACAGAAAAAUAUGGGUAGUUAGUAAGCAUCAGUCUGCAUUUUUUCUCUUGUUUAGUGCUUUGUAAAUAUGACACUAUUUUCUAGUUAAAGAUUUCAAAUAAAGUGAGGAUGUCGAAAUGCCUGUGGUUGAAAUACAAGGUCCAGGUCUUCCCAGUCAACUUGGUAAAAUAAUUCAGUGGAAAGUAGAUCAGGAGAGGGAAGGCUGAUAUUGUGUUUGCAAUCAGAAGCUUAUGAAGAAGUACAGGUUUUAAAUGGUUGUUGCUGAAAGAAUAAAGCCACGUAGGCCUGUUUCAUUGCUCUCUCCUAUCUUGGCAGUAUUCGCUUUCAUCAUAAUUGGGUGGAAAAGAUGAGACUUCUAGUUUUUCUACAGAAGUCACUGCCUUAACUGGGAUGUUUGCAGUUUUGAGUUUGGGGUACUGGAGUAGAGACAGGCAGCACCCUACCCCCCCCACAUCACCCUCCACACACACACAAUUAUUUAAGCCACUGCAUUCACAUCACUUACUGUUGUUGCCUUCUGUGCACUGUGUAUCCAAACAAACUCAAUAGUUCUGAUAUUAUUUGCAACAAUGCAUCACAGAGAAAGCAACAGCAGUAAGCUGUGAAAAUGCUGUAAGAGUCACAUGAUGAUCAGUAUUUUGAAAAUAUAUAAUAAGAGGACAUUUAAAAAAAAUCUUUUUUUUUUAAACAGCUGGUAUGGUGCAGGGGAACCUCACUAAAACUUGUUCAAAUCCCUGUUGGGUCCAUUGAUAUUAGCACCGUGAAAAGAAAAAAAAAAGUCUGCUUGCUAGACGGCACUUUUUUAAUGCAAACCCUUCUAGUGCACAAAAUCGUAUUCACUAAUGCCAAAUACUGGAGGGACUACAAAUGUGCUUGUAGCUGGUGUCCACAUGAUACAUAGAUGAAAUUCCUAGCGGUCUGUCUAUCAACAUAAAAUUCUUUACUUAGAUGGUCUCUUUAUCUUACCUUUUCUGAUUCAACACAUUUUCAAACGCAAAGCAGACAGAAAGUUAAAUGGUGGCUAAACCCUUUCCCCAUCAUUUAGUAUUGUGGAAAAGUGGGUGUCAGGUUUUUUGAGGGCUCCAAGUAGUAGCUUGCACUGACAGGUUUUUUUUUUUUUUUUUUUUUGUCUCCUGGCCCUACUGCUGCAGUAAAUCAUAGCAGCUUUGUGUAAUAGGAGGUUCUUAGAAGUUGAAUCAUCUGCAACUGUGGGGUGGAGACCACUGACUAUAAAUGCCCAGUGUGGAUCAGAAUGAGUUGGGUGGCUCUUUUCUUUCCUUCCCCUGAAUUUAACUGAUAAUGUACUAUUCCAUCUCUCACUUGAGGGAUUACAGUUAGUAUAUUGCUAUAAUACAUCUUACCUGCAGAGUAAUGGGGGCCCCAGGCCACUGGAGGCAUUAACACAGCACGUUUGAGUUUUAAGCAGGUAGAUUGGAAAUCUGCUGAGCAAUGAUGAUGGCUGUCCUUUUUAUAUUGUAUCAUUUUCAAAUUA